AUGUUUGCUGCAGCGACUUCAUUCUUUGCUCGCAGUGCUAUCUCUCAGUCAUACAAUAUUGGAGGUGGUCCAUCACCUAGUCCUGGAAGUAGAUCUUCGACUCCCGGCCCCCAGAACCCCGUGUCCGGUACCAGCUCGUUCGGAUCAUCGUUCAGCUCCAGUGUGGUUAUUGGACUAUGGAAAAUUCAGAGCGCAACACAUAAAGUGACAAAUAAACGUGUAUCAGUAUGGACCUUCGACAAACGUGGCCCAGAUAUGGAGCGAUUGGGGCCAGCAGCGAAGGAAAGGACAUUGGAAGUUUUGAAAGGCGAGGCAUCUGCGCUAAGUCGACUGCGACAUCCGUCGAUUCUGGAGAUGGUCGAACCUUUGGAAGAGACACGAAACGAAUUGAUAUUUGCUACCGAGCCAAUCAUCGCGUCGCUGGAACUCUGCAUACCAGGAGCAGGCAAAUCAGCUUCACUGGUUGAACUUGACGAAGUGGAGAUCCAGAAAGGCAUUCUCCAAGUCUGUAAAGGGCUCUCUUUCCUCCACUCGUCGGCUCAAUUGAUACAUUCGAAUCUGUGCCCGGAAAGCAUCAUAAUAAACCAAUCAGGGGAUUGGAAGAUCGCCGGUUUGGGGUUGACCAUACCACUUUUACAGCCAAACGGGUCUGCGACGCGAUGGGAGUUUCCUACGUUCGAUGGUAGAGUUCCUAGUUAUAUCCAGAGGUACUUCGAUUACAUGGCCCCCGAAUAUGCCCUUGAUGAAGUUUUGAAUACGUCCUCGGACCUGUACUCCCUGGGCUGUGUGAUCUACGCGGUGCAUUGUAAAGGGAGUCCACCGUUCAAAACCCACGGAAGCCUCUCGGGGCUUCGAGACAAUGCUGGGCGACCUGCGCCAGGAUUGGAAAGGCUAGAUCGAGACUUGCAAGCUUUACUGCGAAGCCUGAUAACAAGACAUCCUUCCGGCCGCCCGACUCCAUCAACCCUUCCGUCUUUACCCUUCUUCUCAUCCUUACCUAUAUCAACAUUGAACUUCUUGGAUAGAACCACCUUUACCGCUAAGACUAGAGAAGAGAAGGUCUCCUUUAUGAAAGGGUUGACGAGGGUUCUUGAUAAAUUCUCUGAUGGACUGAAGACCAGGAAAAUCCUCCCUUCGCUACUAGAAGAGAUGAAGGAUACACAUCUCCUCCCAUACAUCCUUCCGAAUGUCUUUAACAUCUCCUCUUCUCUAUCUUCAGCACAAUUUGCCACUAUGGUGCUCCCAAGUCUUAAACCUCUGUUUGGAAUUAAAGAACCACCGAAUAACAUGUUGACUUUGUUGGAAAACCUCCCUAUGCUGCAGACGAAAACAGACAAGACUGUCUUCAAAACGGAGGUUCUCCCCUUGGUAUAUCAUGCUCUCGAGUCGGAACAUGCUGUUGUUCAAGAGACGGCCUUGAAAAUGGUUCCCGACUUAUGCGAGACUGUGGAUUACGCUGAAGUGCAGGGAGUUCUCUUCCCUCGAGUCGCUCGUGUUUGCACGAAAACUCGAAUAUUGAGCGUGAAGAUUGCGACGUUGGUGACAUUCUUGAGUAUGGUGAAAACUCUGGAUCAGUCAAACCUUACACAAAAGUUGGUACCGCUCCUUUCCAACAUCCGAACGAAAGAACCAGCUGUCAUGAUGGCAACGUUAUCGGUUCAUGAAGCCAUGGGGUUCAAGGUUGACCGAGAGGCUGUUGCAAAUCUUGUUUUACCUCAACUAUGGGCGAUGUCCAUAGGGCCUCUACUGAAUCUAGAUCAAUUCCAGCGCUUCAUGUCGGUCAUAAAGAAGUUGGGCGAACGUGUAGAGAAAGAGCAUAUCCAGCUUUUGCGAGAUUCACAACGACUGGAAGAUCGGUCUGCUACUGUCAACGAUGGUGGAGUAAAUGUGGCCUCAUUUGCCGGAACAGUUGACUUUGAGAGUUUGGUUGGCAAAGUUUCUACUCCAGGACUUCCACAGCAGAACGGUGCUACCGGCGGAACACCCUCGUGGGAGGACGAUGUAUGGGGUAGCAUUUUUAACGAGUUCUCCAACAACACCCCGACAUUACCUGCAGCUGGACCACGGUCUACUAAGUCCUUAUCCCCAGUGUCGACCCCACAAAUCUCCUCACGCUCAUUCAUAUCUUCGCCACCGUCCAACUUCUCGCCAGCGCAACGAUCCCAAACAAACUUUUCGCCCCUAACUCCCGAUCUUCCGUUACGCGCGAACCCAUCCUUCUCCGGUUCCCUUUCUCCAUCGUCGCCCCAAGUCAAGAUGACUCAACCACUGUCAGCUCCAUCGACCUCUUCUACUGCACCCAUGGCCGGCAUGCUAUCGUUGCAACGCACAACACCCUUGACGCCAACUACCUCGAGUCCCCCUCUCCCUCCCAUGAUACCCAUGGGCGGAAUGCUUGCCCCCUCUCCACCUAAAGCUUGGGAUUCAAUGCCUAAUAAACCAUCCAAGAAUGAUUGGGGGGAUUUUGAUCCACUUUCAUAG